AAAGGCGCAUGCGUCUUUUUCAGGCUUAGGCGGCCAAGUAGAUGUCUGCGCCGUUCGAAGAGCGGAGCGGGCUUGUGCCCUGCGCCACUCCCUGGGGACGCUGGUAUCAAACCAUGGAAGAGGUCUUCGUUGAAGUGAACGUGCCGCAAGGGACCCGCGCGCGGGACGUGGAAUGCAGCCUGAAGAGCCGCCACUUGGCUUUGACCGUAGCGGGGAAGGAGGUGCUCAAGGGUAAUCUAUUUGACUCUACAAUAGCUGAUGAAGCAACCUGGACACUAGAGGAUCAGAAAUUGAUACGAAUCACCUUGACAAAAACCAACCGUGAUGCUGGAAACUGUUGGAGUUCCCUGCUGAAGAAUGAGUAUGCUGCUGAUCCCUGGGUUCAAGACCAAAUGCAAAGGAAGCUUACAUUAGAAAGGUUCCAGAGAGAGAACCCUGGAUUUGACUUCAGUGGAGCAGAAAUUUCUGGAAAUUAUACCAAAGGAGGGCCAGACUUUUCUAGUCUUGAAAGAUAGUGUGUCCUUUCAGCUAUAUUUCUUCCAGUUUCUCCAAAAUGACAAAGCAUUAAGCUUCAGAAUAGCUUACUGUUUUUUUCUGGACAGCUUUAAACCACAAAAUAAUGACUGUUACCAGAAUUGCACUUGACAGUAAUUAAAAAUAAACAUUUCAUGCAUA